AGCAAAUGCUCGGUGGUAAUUUACCAAUUGUAAAGUGAAUCUAUGUCGCUUUCGUCAAGUUCGUGUGCUCGAGAGUACAUUUCGCCAGCUUUCUCGUAAUACUCCCGAGCUUGCUCCGUGCUUUCCUGCCGCUCUCCCUUUUCUUCGUACUGCACCGCUUCUGUGACAGCAGUGUUUCUUUUAGAUGGGAAAUGUCACUUUUUUGUGAUGCAUACUCUCAAUCUACCAACCUUCGAAUAUUUCCUCGUUUUUCUUCAUGAAUGAAAUGGAGGGUUCAGUGUGGGUACUGUCGCUUUAUUUUUUUGGGUCUCGGUGUGUCGCCCAAGAACGUCACGGGCAAUUAGCGAGCGCGUCGGUUCAAAAAUUUCUCUUUCACCUUCGCGUCGUUUUGCGCGUGCCAUCACAACAAACCAAGAUGACCUCGUACACAGACGAGCAGCUCAAUGCAGAAUUAGAAAAAUUACAGCAGAACAUCACGCUGACAUUGCAGGCUAUUGAUCAAAAUUUCGCGAAAUGUCAUCAAACCAUUGCAACAAGAAUCAUACCUCAAGUUGAAAAGUACGCUGAUGCAAGUCAAGGAGUAUGGAAUGGCAGUAAGUUCUGGCUGUAUUUCUUUCAGUCUCUGGAUAGUAGUCGCACAUCAUUGCAAGUGACAGACGAUAUGGAGGGAUCGAAUCGACCACCAUUGGGCACAAAAGCAAGCGUGAGAGGAUCACCAUCAGCAGCGCCAUGGAGCGAACACGAUGAUUUACAGUCACCGUGGGAGCGAUUACGGCGUGAGAUGAAUCUUGAAGCCAUGAGUGAUACGACUUCAGCUGGCCACACCACACCACAAAAGAGAGACGGCAUACAGCAAAACACACCAUCUCAAAGCGUACAAUCAAACAGGCUGCUUGGAAAGGUCCUGAAUAAGCAUUUCAAAUCAUCGACUGGGCUUCCUCGGCCAGAUGUGUCUUCAGUCAGCUCCUCUGUACCAAAACCAACUAUUCUCAUGUCCGACACAACUUCCUCCAAUGGCUCGCCUGAUGUUAAUUUGGCGAGGAUUGAUCAUAUGUCGGCUGAUGAUGGAGAAGAUGAGACAGCUAAAAGUCGAUAUUCCCCGCCACGUACCAUUCAAUUUGCGGUUCCUCGCUCCCAGCUAAUCAAAACACCAGCCAAAGAAGCUGCCAAAAUGAUUGUAGACGAUAUCAUGUUAACGUCUGGAGCAAGUCCUCCUGCCAAGGCUUGGAAAGGACAUGAUAAGGAUGACGAUCGACCUCCUAGCGUAACCUACACACAAGAACCUUCCAGUUCUUUGGCCGAAGGGGAUGAGCAACACAGUCAGUACUCUACAACUGACAGUUGGGCGGCUCGACCCGAAACGCAAGCAGAACAACGACAAGAGAACGUUAUGAUGGAAGGAUAUGGCGACGCUGGACAACAAGGGCUGGACCCUGCCGAACAAUUUGAAACCAUGCUUGGAAGACGGAAAACGAAGAAUGUACCUUCCGGUACGAGUGGUAUCUCAUCACCCUGCCCGCCCGGACUAUGGUUGGAUGGUAACCAAGCCAAAUCACCUGGCCAUAGCCGUUUCCAACUACCUGGCAGCCCUAACCUACAACGUGUCUAUGAUGGCUCACACUCCAAAAAACCUACCCCUUACAAACUUCACAAAACCAGCCACAUGGAUGUUUUUGACGAUGGCGACGAUAUGCUUCGAAAAACUGGCAAACUUGUGGAUGAAGACACUCUUGAAAAUUACACCCAAGGCAUGGAUUCCGAUUUCCCUUUCCGCGCAGGAUCAUCCGAAGCGAACGAUACAGCCAGGUUUAUUAGCCAUGUACCUUCCCAUACGGUGAUGGACGCGUCUUCGUUAGCGGGCAGUGACCUUGGUGUCGGCUAUGAGCUUUCUGGCGUACUUCCCCUCAAACCAUCCCAAGCGAGUCCAGAGCCAUCGGAAGCCAGUAUAACCAUGACAACCGGCUUCACUGGCCAGAUACCAGCCCGGUUCAGUCUUGAAUACUUUCCCAGUCUAUUUCAGGUAAAUGUCCAUCCAUACAUUGAAGAAGAUAUGUAUAUUUGAAAAAGAAAAAGCAUACUAACGCGACUCUUGUUUCCUGCAGUCACCGCCCGGAUCAACUCAAUUAACACGAGUGUACACAGCAUUUGCCGAAGCCAAUGGUCGCGUAUUGGACGUGGAUGAUAUUCUCAAGGAAAUUAAUGAUCAUACGGAUUUUUACAAUCGUACCAAUGUAGAAUUGUUGGUGGAUUUACUUGUACGUAAACGUUUCAUCAAACGCGAUAGAAAUGGAUGGAGGUUAAGAGUGUAGAAAUACCAUGCGAACCGAAUACCCUAACUUUAAUAUAGCCGUUAUCUGUCGAUAGUCUUUGUUUAUUUUCAAUAACAUGCCC